UGGUCGCAGCACUAAGCAGCCGACAGGAGGAAGGAAGGAGGCUCCAAGCAGAGCAUCAGCCCAGGCAGCAGCCUUACAAGCAUGUGAGCCGGAUCUAUAGUGCCAGGAGGCGCUCAAUGGAGGAACAUGAUGAAUAUCCGAUUCCAGGAAGGUCUCACAAUUUAGUGCCUGAGCUGUCACCAGGCAUUAAUUCUCUGCACGGCAAACUGGAGCUGGAGUAACAUAUCAGGAGAUCUAAGGCCGGCAUGAUCGCUACUGGAGGUCUGCUGAGGAUCUCUGCACGAAAACAGGAUCCUCUCAGAACAAAAAACCAAACUCCAAAACGCAAACGGAAAGCAAAAAAGAAGCGCAAGAAUGAUGUGGUAGUAGUAAAAGGCAAACUAAAACUUUGUUCCAUUUCUGGGUUAAUUGCGCUAUGUGGAAUUUUAGUACUUCUUGUUGGAAUUGCCAUGGCUGUUAUGGGAUAUUGGCCAAAAAGUCAUUCGGUUUAUCAUGGAAAUCUAGGGACGAAUAAAGCCAAAUUUUCAUCAGGGGAUACAAAUAUAAGCAGUGCUAAUAAAAACCUUUCCUGGAGCCACCACAACAGUCAUGGAGAUAAUACCUUCAGGGUAAAUGAAACAAAUUUAAAAAGCCUUCAUCAAAAAACACCUUCUGGGUCUUCUGGCUUUCUUGCAGGUUUGUUUUCUGGAUACUUACACUCAGAUAAUCUUAAAGUCUUUGGUCCGCUCAUAAUGGGCAUUGGAAUAUUUCUAUUUAUUUGUGCAAAUGCAGUUCUUCAUGAAAACAGAGACAAGAAAACAAAGAUUAUCAACCUGAGGGAUCUUUACUCUACAGUGAUUGAUGUCCAUGGCAUGAAAUGUAAGGAUGGACCUCCGCUAAAUGGAUUUGUAAAUUAUGUGCAAUCCCGGAGCAUGGAUGGUAAAGGUGGAGACCCUUUUGGGGCUGCAAUGUUAGCCAAAAGCUCUUGGAAUUCUUCUCUUGGUGGUGCAAUUACAUUCUCUCCUCCAAAUCCUAGGGAAGCACGGACGUCUUCUCCAAAGGAAAACCGUCACGCAGUAGAGAACUUCAACAUGAAUGAAGCAGUAUACAGUAUUUACAGAGAGAGGUCAAACUCUGCUUUACCAUUUGACAGAAUUUCUGGGAGGGGACAUGAAAAUGAUUCUCUUUCGGGAUCUCCUGAUUUGAGGUGGGGUAGAAGCAGCACAAAUUCCAUUGUUGGCCAUUCUCUUAGUGCAUUUACAUUGCCCAUUGUGAAGUUAGAUAGCGGUCUCUUGGAGAAGAAAGAAGAAUGUGGGGAAGGUAAAAGUGCCAAAGAAGUACAGAAGGGAGAGAUUGAAUUAAGUUUGAAAAAAUUUAGCCAUGUAGACUUAAACUGGGAAAUUCCCAAAACCUAUAGAAAACUUCCCUUAAGGCGCCAGAGCACAAGUUGUCUGCCAGACUGCAGGAGACCAAUGUCACCUGGUCUUCUGUCAGACUUAGGUAGCCAGUCAUUAAGUAGCACAGAUUUAGACUGUAGCCUUUUGGUGAGAGCAUCUCCAUAUGGCAAAACAAAACCUGCAGUUCUUGUAGAUUCUCUUAUAACAGGACCAUUAAUAAGAAGAGAUUCACAGAGCUCAGGGUCUGACCAAUCAAGCAAUAAGGGCUAUGUUCAUCUGGAGGAGGCAGGAACCUCCUUUGAGUCUAUAGACACCUCAGCCAAUAAAACCCAGGAGGACUGUGAAGAUACUAAGACUACAGACAUAGACAUUCCCAUGGAAGAUACCAGCACAGAACAUGUAGUACAUCCUCAGAAGCAGUACACUAACAAAGAAAAACUGUUGAUGCUCUCCAGGUCUCUUACUAAGUCUGACGAAGAGGAUUUAGAUAACACAAGUAUUUAAGGCACAAAUGAAUUUAUAGCAAAAUCCACUCUGAGAUUUAAUCACACAAAGUUCCGGAAUAUGCUGUUUUACAUGGAGCUUGCCAAUAUCCAAAGAUCUGCAGUGUCAACAGUUCUCAUGCCUAUUGAUAACCGUCACAAACAUCUGAUUGUAACUGUAUGUAUGAUUGAAACCAAACUGUGUUAGUAAACAUUGAAAUUGCCCAACUUAUCUGUUAAUAUGAAAUGAGAUAGAUUAUUUUGACAAUAGCUGUGCACUUCAUUUUCGGCUCUGUUAGAUCUUUAUUCCUGCUGAUGGCAUGUCAGUACUGUAAUUGCUUGGUUAUGGCAAUUUAGUUUGGCUUACUCAAACGCUUAGGCAGCAAGUCUGUCUACUACUGGAUUAACUCAGUUAUCUUAUUUUUGGAGAAGCUAGUUUAGAAGAUUAAUCUUUGCUUUCUUGACAGAAUAUUUAAAUACAUUUUAAAGAUGGACAAAGGACAGCUAUAAAUAGUUUUUUCUUUUUUUGUGGGACUGUUAGAUUUAUUCAGAUUUUUAUUUUCAAAUAUUUUGAACCUCCUGUAAUACAUUGUUAUAUUGGGUGUUAUGGUUAUAAAACUACUGACAGCAUUAAUAAUUAUAAUUAAAAAAAAUAUUUUAAGAAAUGUUUACAUUUAACUAUAUCACAUGCACCAAAAUGUAUUUUUGUUAAUUUUUGUUUUUAUUUUUCUUAACCUCUUGCAGUAUUUUAAUAAUGGCAUGCAAACAAUUGUGCUUCAAACAAGCAGACUUGAAAUGCAGAGUAUAUAAUAAAAAUAGAGAUCUCUUUGCUAGCUACCAUAGACUUUAGUUUCUUUACAUGGAAAUGAAAUGAACUGCAUGAUAAAAUGUAUUUUUGCUACAUUUCAUAUUUACUCAAUGUAGAUUUGCAUCACUGGCCCAUUUGUCAGAAUGUCAGCCUUUUGAUGUUUUCUAUAACCCAAGAUUCUUUAUAACAAUAAUAAAGCAAAUAAAAGAAAAAUUUUACUACAAAAAUAUACAAAAGCAUUA